CAGAACUUAGACUGUUGCACCCAGAAAGCAAGGUACUUCUUCACCUUUUAUCCCUGGGUCCCUGAGAUCACCCAGAGCUGCUGUGGACAAACCUCUGGCCUUCCCCAGGCAGCCCCCCCUGCAACUGGAUACCAAGGGACCCCCCAACACCAGGAAUGGGUAAGUGCAGCUGGGGAAAGAGAUUUUAACCCAGGAGGCUGUCAGAGAGAGAAGACCUCUCUCAGGCUGUUUACAUUGUCCUGUCCCUACAAGCCAGCAGCAAACACGUUAAGGAUCAUUAGCAAAGAUAGGCAGUGAUACAGUAACUGGCUGCAUCAUUAGGAAUGCAUGGGUAAGCCAGAUUGGUUAACCCACUGAGUGCCAGAAACUAAUGCAUUCAGGUGGAUCAAUUCUUCUUUAUAAUAGAGGGGGUAUCCGAGAGCUAACUUUUCCCCUCAUUUCAUUUGAGGAGUUUGGGUGAUGGGUUUCCCCCAUAAAAUGGCUACUAAAACAUAUAUAAAUAAUAUGUGUGCAUUAUAUAGAGGUUUAUAUGAAAUUUGAUCACUGUGUAUCCAGAAAUGAGUCAUUAUUUGCAUUCUAAUACGGGCUGUCAGUGUGUGUGUGUGCAGCCCAUGCAUUCAUUCAUGGUAUUUUGUAAAGAUAACUCUUUUUAAGCUAAGAGCAGUCAGUACCCCUAUUGUCCUGGCCAGUGUCACUGCACGUCUGAACUGAGAGCAAGUUGUUUAGGGUUUGCAUAUGAGCAUGGUAGGUGUAAUGGCUAAAACAUUUGUCUCCUUCUGUCCUUCAAGAACCAGCCUUUGGAGAAGUCAACCAGCUUGGAGGGGUGUUUGUCAAUGGAAGACCUUUACCCAAUGCCAUCAGGCUAAGGAUUGUGGAGUUGGCCCAGCUUGGGAUCAGGCCCUGUGACAUCAGCAGACAGCUGAGAGUGUCCCAUGGUUGUGUCAGCAAGAUACUAGCUCGCUACAAUGAGACUGGAUCCAUCUUACCUGGGGCUAUUGGGGGCAGCAAGCCCAGGGUGACCACCCCAACGGUGGUGAAACACAUCCGGACAUACAAGCAGAGGGACCCUGGUAUCUUUGCCUGGGAGAUCAGGGACAGACUCCUGGCAGAUGGGGUGUGUGACAAAUACAAUGUGCCUUCAGUCAGUUCUAUCAGCAGGAUUCUACGAAAUAAAAUUGGAAAUUUAUCCCAACAGAGUCACUAUGACAACCAUAAACAGCAUCACCACCCUACAGCUCACUCUGCCCUCCAGUACAACCACAUCUACUCUUACCCCAGCCCUAUUGCUGCAGGAGCCAAAGUGCCCACACCACCUGGAAUGCCCUCAAUUUCUGGCUCUAUGGGCAUGCCAAGGACUUGGCCCUCCUCACACUCUGUCACAGAUAUCCUGGGAAUUAGAUCAAUCACAGACCAAGGUGAGUCCCUCUCUACAGAUACAGUUGUCUUAAAACCUAAAUAAUGUAUCUAGGAUGAAAUAUUUUUUUUUUAAAUUUAAUAUUUAUUUUUUAUUUACACAUCCAUUAUCCCCCCUUUAUUUAAUAGAAAGUAUAAGUGCAAGCCUUUUCUUAAUGUAAGGUUGUGCUUGAACGUGACCCCUAUUAGUGCUAUAGACACAAACAGUAUGAAGUGUAUCCUUCCAGACUAAGGGAAGUACAUUACCUUCAGGCAAGGCAUUAAGUAAAGAUGUAAGAGACCCUGGCUGAGUGACUGAGACCUUUAAAGGUUCUAUUCUAGUUCAUAAAAUAUAUUAUACGCUCAUAUCCUGUGCCAUUCAAAAAAGCACAUCUUAUUACUUUUCUCCCAAUACAGAAUUUUUAAGAAUCUGCUGAAAUUGAAACGCUCUCUCUCCCUUCCACCUCCUUGAUUUAUUUACCAUGAACUCUAUAUUUAUAGUAUGUGCAUAUAAAAUCUAUAUUUAUAAAACAAUACAUGCAAAGUGACGUUAUUUGUCAAAAUGCAUCUAUAGAACGAGCCACAAACAUGGAGCCAAUAGAGUGCAUGUGGAUAUUUAGAAUUUAUUAUUUUAUGCAUAUUUUCAAAUUACAUUUUCUUGUUAAGUGACAACAGGAACGUCGUUUAAGGAACUAAAAGUAAACAAACUGACCACUUUUUUUAAUAGGUUAAUGUCAGCACUAAUAAGAGUCCUGAUGAAAAGUUUCCCAUUGAAAUAGAGAUUGUAGAUUGGUGACUGUGUGUGUGUGUGUGUGUGUAGCAGAUGGCAUUUUUCACAGUUUCCUGGGUUAAAUGCUGGUUUUUGUUUAGCUUCUAAUGCCUUUAGACAGGCUAUGAAAACUGUAUUUAAAGGAUAUCAUGUCCAAUAGACAUGAAGGGUGAGAGGGACUCACUGCCUGCAGCCUCUGUCUAAACAGAAAAUUAAUUUCACUUUUACUAAAAACAGGAAUUUGUCAUCAACAUAAAGCUUGCUGGAAAUGAAGGAAAAGUUUCACUUCUGUGGUGUGUGUAAUCAGACUAAAUUUACCCAGACAGGAAGUUCAAAUGUCAGAUAAUUGCUUUCAUUCUAAAGGCACCAACUGCAACCCCUGGGCAUAAUCUGACCAGGAGAAUGGAUUUUCUAUCCACCUAGAGACUCAUUUUCUGCUUAUUUUAUUGACUAAUCCAGAGGAGUAUGAAGCCCCUAGAACUCCGUUUACAUAUUUUUAAAUAAACUCUGAAUAAUUACUAAACUCUGAAACUAAACUGUAAACAUACUCCUUGGGAAAAAAAACUAGCCUCCUUAGGUCUCUCACCCCCUCCAUCUCUCCCCCCCCCCCCCCCCCCCCCCCCCCCCCCCCCCCCCCCCCCAAUCAUUCCCUUUAAAUUGCCCAAUUCCUAUUAAUUGCUUAGUGAAAGUCUCAUUUAAGUUGGUAUAUGUUUCUCAAUAAAGACAUUCAGCUUGCCCGAGAAGUAUACAGAGAAUGCGAUUUCCUGAAACGAUGUUUAAAAGAGAACCUUACAUUCAGAGAAUUAGAUUACAAAUUGGGAAUGUUUGCAGAUCCCUCUAAUGGUUUCCUCUUUUAUUAACACCACAUUUAGCAGGCAGGCCUCCGAGGGUACAGUCUGGGUCUGUUCCUCUGGCUUUCUAUGGACUUUGCCGAGUCUGUCUCUAAAGGAAGAAUUACUUAGAACUGGGCUGCAGUCUGCCCCCCCUCCGAUACAGGUUCAAUUACUAGAGAAAGUGUGACUCAGACAGACAGACAGAUGGGCAGAGACAGACAAAAAGGGAGAGAAAGUGAGAGAGAAAGAGAGAGGCAAAGGGAAAUAGACAGACUGACAGAGAGACCGGCACAGACAGAGGAACAGAGACAGACAGGCAGACAGAGAGAAUGAGAGAGCGAGCGGAUGCUGGAGAGAAAGUUGAUCCAAACUAAUUGGUGAAUUCACUAAAUUUCGAAAUGUGGAGAGUUGACACCGAGCCUUCAAAAUGUAGAACACAAUAGGUGAAGGGAUAUGCCCAAUACUGAGAUUUGGGCCAAAACUAUGCAAAUCAGUUCUCAACUGACUAUAGCUCACUGUUUAUUAUUAAUAUAGCGCCAACAUAAUACGCAGCGCUUUACAAUUAUAAAUGGGGAUAUUUGACAAGUAAUCUGAGAUACAUAGAAUAUGAUUAACAAUCUGGGAAAUAUAUAUAUAAUUAUAAAUAGUAACAAUCUGAUAUAUAAAUAUAUAUAAUUAUACAUAGUAACAAUCUGAUAUAUAGAUAUAUAUAAUUAUACAUAGUAACAAUCUGAUAUAUAGAUAUAUAUAAUUAUACAUAGUAACAAUCCGAUAUAUAGAUAUAUAUAUAAUUAUACAUAGUAACAAUCUAAAAUAAUUAGAAUAUGAUAAUCUGAGAUAUAUAUAAAAUGAUACAUAGUAACACUGAAAUAUAUAUACACACACAUUAUGAUACAUAGUAACAAUCCGAGGUAUAGAGAGAUUAUAUAUAUAUAAUGAUACAUAGUAACAAUCCGAGGUAUAAUGAUACAUAGUAACAAUCCGAGGUAUAGAGAUAAUGAUACAUAGUAACAAUCCGAGGUAUAGAGAUACAUAGUAACAAUCCGAGGUAUAGAGAGAUUAUAUAUAUAAUGAUACAUAGUAACAAUCCGAGGUAUAGAGAGAUUAUAUAUAUAAUGAUACAUAGUAACAAUCCGAGGUAUAGAGAUAUAUAUAUAUAUAUAAUGAUACAUAGUAACAAUCCGAGGUAUAGAGAUAUUAUAUAUAUAAUGAUACAUAGUAACAAUCCGAGGUAUAGAGAUAUUAUAUAUAUAAUGAUACAUAGUAACAAUCCGAGGUAUAGAGAUAUUAUAUAUAUAUAAUGAUACAUAGUAACAAUCCGAGGUAUAGAGAUAUUAUAUAUAUAUAAUGAUACAUAGUAACAAUCCGAGGUAUAGAGAUAUUAUAUAUAUAUAUAAUGAUACAUAGUAACAAUCCGAGGUAUAGAGAUAUUAUAUAUAUAAUGAUACAUAGUAACAAUCCGAGGUAUAGAGAUAUUAUAUAUAUAAUGAUACAUAGUAACAAUCCGAGGUAUAGAGAUAUUAUAUAUAUAAUGAUACAUAGUAACAAUCCGAGGUAUAGAGAUAUAUAUAUAUAAUGAUACAUAGUAACAAGAGUAUAGAGAUAUUAUAUAAUGAUACAUAGUAACAAUCCGAGGUAUAGAGAUAUUAUAUAAUGAUACAUAGUAACAAUCCGAGGUAUAGAGAUAUUAUAUAAUGAUACAUAGUAACAAUCCGAGGUAUAGAUAUUAUAUAAUGAUACAUAGUAACAAUCCGAGGUAUAGAGAUAUAUAUAAUGAUACAUAGUAACAAUCCGAGAUAUAGAGAUGAUAUAUAUAUAUAUAUAUAUAAUGAUACAUAGUAUCAAUCUUGCAAUUCUAUUUUCUUUCUCUAUAGUGUGUGUCUAAUGAUAAUUCUAGUCUAUAAAUACUAUCAGGGUCUGGUGAUGUCCGUGAAAUCUCUCCUUUUCUAUAAAUGUAAAUUAGAUUGUACAUGUGUUUAUUUACGGAAUUAAAUGGUGUUGAGUGGAAAAAAUAGUUUGACAUUUUAUGGCAAAUUAUUCGAUUUGAGAAAAAGUCUCCAAUUCGGAUAUUUUACAACUUAGAUAUUUAGAAUUUUCAAAAUGGCCAUUUCCCCCCAACACACAAUUAACUGCAUUUAUUUAGGUUUUUUCCUUGUUGAAUCUCGUUAUGUUUUUUCUUCAAUUUUCUAUUUUUGUUGUAAAGACAGACUUUCUGCAUUGUGAGAAUAACUUUUUUUUGCUCACUGUAAAAUAAACAUUUCUGUAAAAAUCUGGAAUGUUAAGUAUUUUCCAGAUCUGUGAUCUUUUCCUCAAACACACAGGCACCGUUUUUCUUGUUCAGAACCCAGAGCAUUGGGGGACAUUCUACUCCCUCCCCCCUCCAAUCAAUAUUUCACUACAGAGCGAUAUUUAGCGAGUUAAUUUGCUGGGUUUAUGUCAAUAUAGUCAGGUUUAAGUUAAAGGGGAAAAAACAAAACAGUUAAGAUGCGUUGGAGAUUUUUUGCCUAAACAUUACAUGUGAGUUAUCACUCCCCACAUAUCGCCGUUUAGUGAAUAGGCCCAUAUGUGCUGUCACAUUUAGCCUAUGACUAAUGACUGUGUGAUUAAUGGCUUGUGUCAUUUUUCGUACCAUGUCAUUUUCUCAUCUUGACAAGUGACCCCUUCCUUCCCCUAUCACAAUCCUAAGUAUUUAUCCCAAAUCUCAACAAAGUACCCACAUCAACAUUUGUGCUGAUUACUUCAUCAUAGGUUAGCAGUUUAUUUGGAUCUGUUAAAUUCACACAUUGGAUGGGCCCUAUAUACAGCAAUGUGCCCAAAGCCAAGAUAUACACUCGCCAUAAGUGUUCCAGUGACCGCAAUAUUUUAAUAACCUGAUUUCAGAGCCUAUAAUUAUAUCUCGGGUGCAUGCUGGGUAAAAAGUACAAAUACUACAUUUACACUAUGUACCAACACUGGAUCACUGCAGUAAAACACACAGAAUGGCUCAACUUAUUACUCAAUAGGUUUCUUCAGUAUAGAACUUGCGCAAGAGUUUUCAGAGAAGGCCAGAAUAAAAAAUAACAACGUGUGUGUGUGUGUGUAUAUAUAUAUAUGUGUGUGUGUGUGUAUAUGUGUGUGUGUAUAUGUGUGUGUGUGUGUGUAUAUAUAUAUAUAUAAUCUAAUGUAAAAAUUCCGUGUAUGUACCUGUAUUGUAUUUAUAAAUAUAUAUAUAUAUCGCCUGUAGAUAAGAGCUAAAAAUUGGUUUAUGCGAAUUCAAAUUUAUAUUAUAUAUAUAUACAUAUUAAAUACACAUAUAUGUGUAUAAUGUAAUCAAUAGUUAUAUAUAUAUAUAAUACACACACAUUUUUGUAAGGAAUACAUAUGGAAUUUAUAUUAAACAUAAAUAUAAAAUCUCUAUCGAUGAAUCUAUACAUUUCUACUUCGAUCCCUGGUUAAUUCGAAUCAGACAGGUUAUUUGCCAGUUAUAAGGUAUGUAAUGUAUGUUACUAGAAUAGAUAGUAUGGAUGUCCUUUAAUAAUGGUGAGAUUACUGGAGGGUAUUUACAAAGUAGCGAGUUCUGGCGAAGUUCAGAGCCGUUUUUUUUUUUUUUUUACAAUUUAGGCCGAGGUGUUUAAAGUCCUUUCACUUGGCCCAUUUUCUCAUCUUCGCCAGAACUCGCUGUUUAGUGAAUAGAAGUGUGUUCAUUAAAAAGUAAAAUAUUGUGCACAUGAUUACCUGAUUUAAAACAACCCAGUGUGAGGGUAAAAGCUGGCAUUAACAUGAAGCUGCUAUUUGGAAGCCUCACUGUAAAUCCUGGGGAUGUAAUCCAACUGGUAUAUGGUACAUGGUGGCUGCUACUAACCUGCUUCCUGUCUCCCCAGUUAGUGACACAUCACCCUAUCACAGCCCCAAAAUGGAGGAAUGGAGCACCCUAACCCGAAACGGCUUCCAGACCACCCAGCACAUGAUCAAUGGCCUGGACAAGGGCUCCCUGGACCAGGAGGUCAAAUACAGUCAGGUGAGACACACUGCCAUGGGACAACGACCACUCCCAUCACGCUUUGCCAGCCUGCCUGCCAGAUAUUUUAAGGAUGGGUGACUGAUGUGCCUGUUCAUACCUGUUACCAUGACAGCGUGUAUCUUGUACAAUGCAGAUAGUAAUCGCAGAGAACAGGAGGACAGUGUAAAACUGAUCCAAUAUUACAGAAUCCAUAGCUAACAAUCCCCAUUGUGUGUGUUAUUAGGGGUAUCAGCUGAAUAAGUCUGGAUGGAUUUAGCUUUUUCUAGCUCGCUCUGAUGGGAGAUGUACCUGCAUUCAUUCAGCAGGAGAGAUUCCAUUUUGGAAUGUUGUGAUAUUCAGGUCUUUGUUUUGUGAGAGAUCACUUGCUGUUAUUGAAAUAGUUAUUAUUGCUGUAAGGAGUUUAUUCAGUAAAAGUGAAGGGUCUGGAGUUUAAAAAGGUAUCCUGCUAUUUAUUGUUUAAAACUAUGAACAGCAAUAAUUCCCUAUGAAUUCCUCAGUAUGUGCGAUUUGGAAUGGAUGUGAUCGAUCACUCAGCAAUAUAAUGGCUUUCUUUGACUACUGAACAUUCAAUUUAACCCUUUCAAGGAGUGAUCCAUUAAUUAGCACAAUGCUGAUCUGACACUGAAAAGGUAUGUCAGAUCUAUUCCAAGGAGCUGAAAAUGGUUCUUAUAGUAUAGGAAAGCAUGCAUCACCAUAGCCAUUAAAUGACAUACAAUACCUUUCAUCUGUGACUGCUGUCUGCUACAGAGAUCCAAUCUAUUCUCCACAUCUAGAACCUUUGGCAGAUCCUUACUGCAAUCUACAUUCUCCUUAUAACCAAAUCAAUGAUUUCACAGCAUUUCUCAUUUUUCUUGCAACAAGUACAUUUUGGUUAAUUGUAGGCACAUACAAUGUAUAAGCCAGUGAUUAACAAUCCUGGCACUGCAGAUGUCUGUGAACUCCAUUUCCCAUGAUGCUCAGCCGAUCUGCAGUGCCUAGGAUUGCCAGCAGUAUUAGUAUAUGCUGUGAUUUUAAUCUGCUAAUAAGGACAGAAUUGCACCCAUUUUAUUCUAUUCAAUACUUACUAAGGCUUUCCUUUCAGCCGGCUGUGAGGCUGUGUAACUUUGUUUGCCCCAGAGGGAUCUAUUAUUUUAAGUGCUGGUGCCAAAGUAAAUAGCAUAUUAUUUUUGUUUAUAAAUACUGCUGUAUUUGCUAUUAGUAGCAAAAAUGAUCUCAGUCCAAUAAAUGCUUUUUUCAAUUUAUUUAUUUUAAUCUGUGGAAUCUCCUCUUCACUAACAACAUCUAUUAAACUCCAGCUCAUGAAAUGAAGAAAAAAAAAACUGUAGCAAAAAAAUGAUACAUUGCACUGAAACCUCAUAAAAUGUACCCCUAGUGAUAUCAGUUUUCUCAGUGGUCUAUUUACUAAACAGUAAGCGGCAUUGAGUUGAUAAUUUGCUCUUAAAAUAAAACUCAUUAUAGCUGAAAUGAAAAAUAUAAAAGCUCAGAUUGGUGAAUACACCAACAGCUCAAGAAUGCAAAAUUGGGGUAAAAUGUGUAUAAUAAAUCAAAGCCAAUAAAAUCACAUCCACUCCUGCUGCUAAGCUGGGCCCUUGUUUCAUUAACCUCAGCAAAAAUAUUACACAAUCUCCCCAAAUUCUCUGUAGUAUAAUUAUCCCAAUUAAACGCAGAUAGAAAGUAUUGAUAUUCAGUAUUUAAGUAACAAAAAAAAACAAAAAACUUUUUUUUAAAUAUAGUUUGUUACACUUUUUCCCUUUGUUAAUAAUUAUUCAGUUUUUUUUGGCUGGCAUUGUACUUGCUACAUGUGGUUCUAUAGUUCAUCACUCUCCUUAUUACUUUAUAAUAUUUGUUUUUAAAUCCAAUAUGAGAAAAAAAAAAAAAUUUUGCAGGACACUACUCUUGCUAAACCCAUGUUUGUAUAUAGUAAUAUAAUUUGCAUUAUUUAGAUAUUGUAAAAUGAUAGCUAGGUACAUAAUAUUAGAGGAGCCUGCCCCUUACAAAUUAUAGAGAAAAUCUAAAACCAGACUUGCAAGUACAGGUGAUUCGAAUAAAUUCACCUUAAAUCUGUUUAUUGGCUAUGUUGGCCCAAUUUAUUUUUAAAACACUCAGGUUUUAAUUUAUUAUAAUUCAUGGCUUAGUGGAUAAACCUAUUAAUGAAAUGAAUGCUGCUUUAAAAUACUUUUCUAGCAUGGUUAUUUUGCAAAAAAAGAAAUUCACAGUAUUUUCUACUUGUAGACAAAUUGCAAAUUUUCUAACUGCAACUGUCCCUUUUCAAUACAACCACUGCCAUUCUAUACCAAUCCGUUUAUUUAAGCUGUGCCCACAGUUUAACCCAAGUGGAAACCACUGGAAGAAUCUAUAUUUAUGUAAUUAGCUAAUUUUGUGCUCAAAAGCACUGGAUACGGCUUGUGUUAUAACACAAUUUCAUUUAUGUUUAUAUUUACAAUGGCUAUGCAUUCUGUACCUGUUUGGUUAAUACAGUUAAUUUAUACCUGCAUUUAAAUCAUUCAUGAAAGGAUUUUUCCAAGUGAUACUAUAUAGCAUUCGAUAAAAAAAAAAAAUGGGUAAAUUUAGAAUAAAAAAAAAAAAUAAGCUUCAGAUAUUAUCUUACAUAUACCUUUUUUUUUUAUUUAAUUGUUCUUUAUUCAAAGUUAGAGCACAGACAUACAUAUACCUUGCAUUUAUAAUUUUAACCUCCAAUGAACAAUUUUCGGAAUUAUUUUACUACGUACAUAAUGGCUUGUAUAUAUUGCAAUAUCAGUUAGAUUUAGUUUAGAGUUUAUCACGUGCCUACCAUUUAGACUAUCAUUUCGUAUUUUUAAAAUACAUAAUUACAGAUAUUAGUAGAGACCAUGCUUCAUUCCCAAUUUUCUAUUGCUGUGACUGUGUGUUUGCAGUCAUUGCUUUUUACAGGGUUUAAAUGCAAAAUGAGAAUUUGGCUUGUAAAAUCAGUCUAGCAUUAAAAGUAAAAUAAAAUAUGAAAACUAUUACAUUCAGUCAAAUUGGAGAAUUUCUCAAGUUUAAGGUCUAAUCCGGUCUUGUUUAGCAUGGUGAUUAAAAAAAUCAUCUAGUGUUAAUUUACUACAUUGGGAAUUAUAGACAAUGGAAAAAUUGGCCAAACUGAUAAAGUUAUUUACUUGGAAAAUGUUCCCGAUUCAGCCUAAAGUAUGUAAUUAAUUUUGUUAGUUCUCUACAAUUCUGCUUUCGUAAAUAAUGUGAAACAUGAAAAGAUCACUAAAAAUGUUACAGUGAAACUGCAAUAAAUUUGACCAAAAUAAUACCUUUUAGGCUGUAAUUGCUAAGAAAAGUUUCCGAUUUUGCCCGGUUGGAGAUUUAUGUUUUCCAAACACUGAAAAAACUAAGGUUACUAUAGGAAUUAUUCACUUUACAGUGAGAUUUGUGGGCCAAUAACUGUUAUUUUGCCAAAAUUGUCAAAAUAUCACAAAUUUAUUUUGAAACAUUAUUGUACUGUGUUUUUAGAUAAUAAGGUAAAAUGAGCUGAAAUUAUGUUUGUAAACAGAUUUAAGCUGGAUUUGGUAGGAAGUGAAAUGUUGAAGUGUAAAACCUACGGUGCUUUUUUGGGAGGUGUGGGGGACUCCUUGAUAAGAGAGCCUGGUAUAUUAUGUACUUUGUUUACAGUAUACUCAAUCAGAAUUUCAACCAAUCAUUUGCUAAAAAUUGGUAAAAAGUACAAAUCAAGCGUUUUUCUUAUAGAUCUUUUUGUUCGGAUUAGGGAGGUUUAGUCCAUCCAAAUGCAUAUUUAAGGCUCAUGAAUAUCACCCACAGUGUAAAUAUUAUGUCUAUUCACUAAACCAUGAGUUGUAGGAUGAAUGACCAAUAGCUUUAAACAUCUAGGCCAAAAUAUUCACAUAAAAUAUAUUUACAAACUAUGAGAAGUAAGAGUUUAUUGACCUAUAUUGUGCAAGUCUGGUUUCUGAAUAAGCUCAACCGAGCGUUUAACUUCCCAAUUUCUCUAGUUUAUACUGUAUUUUUAGAAGACCAAAUACAUUGCUUAAUAUUUACAUAAAUACAAUAACACAUUGGGAUCAAUUCACUAAAAUGGACUGUAAAAACCUAGGCUAAAAUAUCCAAUUACUAAGAUUUGUAAUUCCCAUGACAAAUCUCCUCCACUAGCCUGAAUUAAAGUCCAUUUUGGUCAAUUUAGAAGAAUAAUGAAAAGCAAUGUUUCUGAUCGGUCGUUUUUAAUAACCGUCCCAGAUACCUUUUGCCGUACAUAAUCAGAAAACCAUAAACAAUGAAAUGUAAUAAAAUAAGCAUAGGCACCGAUUUAUAAUAGUCAAUCCACUGAUAUCUUUUUACCUUGUAGCACUUCACUUGCUGUGAAUAUCAUUGAUCAUACGCACUUCUUGUCAGAUUUGUCAUGUAAAAGCAAAAUAUUAAAUACUGCGACACAUUAACUGAAUGAAAAGGCCAACCAUACAAUUUGUAAUUAGUAAAAGGAUUCCAUCAUUCAGAGUAGAUUUAUGAAAGAAAAGGGCAGAUAUUAUUGUAGUUCAUUAUCUAUUUAUUAACCAACGUAAGUGGCAUGGAACAGCCCAAAAUAAUGAGUAUUUCUUUUCAAGAUUAAAAGGGAUGUUAAUUAAAUCACAAUUCUACAACUCAAAUAGCCACAAUUUUUUUUGUGAUUUAAAAUCAGAGUGGAAACAUUCUACAACUCAUAAUUUGGCUAUUUUUGCCUCAGUUUUGCUAGUUACAUUUAAUUUGAAAACAUUAGGGAUUUAGUGGAUAGGCUUGUUAAAGUGAAAAUGCAGUUAUUUCUCUCCUUUUAAAAAUCUGUAGCCAAAUGCAUGUUAAGCAUUUUUGGAAGACUAAGACUUCAUUUAUAAAUAACUAAUUUAACCCUCUAUGGACAUUAUUGCUUGCUCCUGCUAGUCUAGCGUUUUAUACGGUUAUUUACAGUCAAGUAUAUAUAAAAAUUGAUUCAAUUGUUUGAACAUUAAAUGCAAUAUCUAAUAUAUUGGAGGAAAAAACUAAAAACCUUCUAAAAUACUUUCAAUUGGAGCCUUAACCCUGUGACUGACAUGUACCAUGCGUCAAACAUGUCUUAGGCAGGAUGGAUAGUUAGAACAUUUGUAAACGCUAACAAUGCAUGCAAUAGAGUUGAUUAAUAACAUAUAAACUGUUGACCCUAAAUUGCUCAAGACAAAAAUGAGUAAUAGAUAAUUAAAUUGAUUUUGGGCAUUUCUGGUUUUCAAAUAAAGGCAUAUAAUCAAGGUCAUGCAUUUCUGUAUGAAACAUGUAGCCACUAAUUUGGCUGUUCCAUACAUUUUUAUGCUGUGUUUUAAGGCAUUGCUUUGCAGACAUGUGCAAUGUGUAGAUUUGUUCAAUGUACAGAGAAACAAACUUGGUAGCUGUCUAAAGAACCAGGCUGAGGCCACUGAGCAGGGUACUUUUGGAUCCAAACAUUUUCUAGUGACCAGAACCAUUGGCCCUAGCUAUAUAGUGUAUGUCACAUUUUACAGUUCUAUUACUACAACACUGUGUAGUGGGCUAAUGUUUACUGACUACAUUAUGUCCAUGCUACAUGUACAAGUGAAAUAAAUACAAACAAAACAUAACAGCAUCUUUAGUCUUGAUCAGAUAUGUUCUUAAGACAAUUGAACAUUUUUAAAAAGGUGAUAACUUAAAAAAUAAAUGUAAAAAUUCCAUAGUUCAGACAACUCGAAUAAAAUAGAAGAUCAAACUAAAGUUUCACAUAAAAGAAGAAUAGUCAUGAUACAAAAAUCUAUGGUUUAAGUACUAAUAGAGCCAAUUGUAAAAUAAGUGAAAACAUAAGCGUGAUCUAAAAAAAAUUAAAAAGCUUUUUCAACCAAUUAGUGAAUCAGCUUAGAAAUCAUAAAUAAUAAUAAUAAUAAUCAACGUAUCAGAAAUGGAUAAACUACAACUUGCGUUCUAAUUAAAGAAACAGUCAAAUGACUAUACAGAUAACAAUCAACUAAAUUAGUAAGAAUUCUGGGAAAUAAUUACUUUAAACGGGGGUUCGUCAAAUAGGCCUCUACAUGCAGAUUGGCAAGUUCUAGUAAUUGUUUUGCACAGUUUACAAUCACAGAUGGCAGUACCAUAAGUGGGUGGCACUAGCAUAAAAGCAGUUUAUUAGACAUAUAGUCUAAAGACCGUGUCCCAAUUAUAUAUACCAGUUCUCCUCUAACCGGUCAUAUUGCAAUAAUAUAUUAAAACAAACCUGUCAAUAUAGGUAUGGCAUUUCUUAUACCUAAAUACAUCACUAAUCUGAACCUCCUUUAACAUUACAGACAGAGGACAAGGCAAUGUGUCUCCUUAAGAAAGUAGAGUAAUGCUAUCUUAUUGAUACAUAGGACAAAUUAAAUAAUAAGUGACAUAAUACGCUAACCAUAACUGGAUGAAAGUUAGAGCUUCUAAGAACACUGUUACAAGAAAGUCAUCUUAACAGAACACUCCAGACGCACAAAGCACUUCAGGUCUGUGUGUUCGGAGUCUGUCUUACUGUCAAUAGAAGUUUACACUUUUAUAAUUGGUGGAAAAGACAGCCUGUCACUCAGAUACCCAGGGAGGUUUUUUGUUUCAGCUUCAGUUAGUGCUACCGAGCUAACGGAAGCAGCAGGCCCACGAAGGUACAGUGCGCCUGCCUUCCCUCCUUCUCAAUGAACCAUACUAUAUCACCCUGGAGAAGCCCUGGAAGGCCACACUCGCUUGCAUGCACGCGGCUCCAGGACUGACACUUCUCAAUGUAUUACUUUCAUUCUAUGCCAGGGAGAGCAGGCCUCAAACUUUGCAUAUACCAGCAAAGAAAACAUGCAGAACAAAAUACAUACAUGAUUUCCUUGGGAGUAUAUCUGCUAAAUUGUUUAAUACAUUCCUUUUAAGAUGUAACCCUUAAGAUGAAGAUUAAGUUAUGAAAUCUCCAAUACAUGCCUUGAUAAAAACAAUUACUGACCAACACAGCCUUACAGAAUCGCUUAAUGGGAACUCAAAAACAAGAGGCCCUCAUUAAAUGAAGUAGUAGUAGUGUGUUGAUCCAAGCUAAAUAGUUUGUCUUUUUUGAUGCAGGAUUGGAUUUUUUUUCAAAAUGUUUCUGUAUUUGGGAGUAUGUGAACAUUGGAAGGACAAAUAUUUCUAUUUUUUUCUUUCUAACAAAUUUGCAUCAGUGUGACCAUUUGAUUGCUGCUUGUGGGCUGCAGUUUUAUUGUUGUCUGCAGGACAGAGCUAAGUAACGGGGUUCUAAUACAAUAAGCUUUCCAUCUGGGCUUACAUACAUCGCUUGCUUUAAGAGACAGUAAAUCUUAAAAACUCAAGCUACCCGUAUCUACAAUCCAGCAGGAGCUAAAUUAUAAAUAAUGAGGCUUCAAACAUGUACGUAAUCUUUAACCCACAUGCAUUUUGCAGGAAGACUUAAAAAAAAAAAAAAAUAAUAAAAAAGUAAACGGCAUUAAAUGGGGAAAGUAAAACAUACUUUUUACUUUUCUUUUAGGUUUUCAUUCCACACUGCAGAUUUCUCCCAAACAAUUAGGGGAAUCUGACGAUAACUGGAUCUUUCAGAAGUUGGAUGCAUGUCUAGGCUAGCUGACUAAAGAAUGAUAUUUUGCACAGGUUUUCUUUAACAGUUGUAAAUACCCCCAGCUUUCUGUGAAGGCCAUACUCACCCCUUUCAAUAAAUAGGGCUACGAUAGCUAAACUCUAAAUUUGCCUGUGUGGACCCAAGUAAUAAUUAUUCUAAGUUGAAAACAGAAGAAUUCUUGUGUCUGGUAUUCACAUAAUUUAGGCUAUAAUCGAAGGGGGAGGAGAGAUUACAGCUCGUGUAAGAAAACUUGCAUUGCUUAUUUAUCUAAUUUAUCAUCAGUACAAUCAGUUCAAACCUUGGGGGUCGUAGGUUCGAUUCCUGGCAGGGUUGACUCAGCUCUUCAUUCUUCCAAGGUAGAUAAAAUGAGUACCAUUAAAUUGGGUAAUCGUAACAUCCCCUGGACAAACUUGGAAACCAGAGAAUAUCUGAAUGUACCUUUCCAUGGUUAAAUACUUUGUUAUUAUUGUAAUCCAAAUCCUAAAAAAUGGAAUUGUAAUAAUUCUUAUUAUUAUUUUUAAUACAAAAUGAUGUGUAUUACAGCCUCCACCACCCUUGAGUAUAUUUAAUGUCUUACACUAACUGUACAUGGUAGCCAUAUUUUAGCACAGCUUAUCUGACCAGAAGCCGUGCUAGUGUGCAUUCACCAAUACUCCCAUCAUCCGCAAGCAAUGCUCAUCUCAAACAGGCACACAAGGGCAGCUUCAGACCUUCAAAUUGUGCAUGAUAUGAGCAGAGAAGUAGGGCUUCCCACGAAGGAGGGUUCAAAAUGGCUGCCCCCACAGAGCAUUGCUAAACUACGAGGUUCCUUAAAAAUAAAUUCAAAAUCUUGAUUACUUGCUAUAUACUCCACUGUUUGACUAAUGCUCUGUGGAAUUAUCUUGGUACAAUAUAAAUAUUACUCCUUGUGCAUUCAUUCUCUAUACAUUUUAGAGAUAUAUCAUACUUAUAAAGUGGGUUAUUUUGCACAAAUGUACAGUAAUUUCCCAUUUUAAUUACUGAAGUAGGCAAACAUAUGCUGAAAAGGGCAAAAGCAGGUUGCAUUAAAGGGGCACUAUAGCGUUGGGAAUACAAAUGUGUAUUCAUUACACAACAGUGCCCUAGCUGCUGUUUAGAUGACUGGGACUUCUCUGCCAGUGUUAAAACCAUGAGUUUUACUUACAUUUCCUCCAUCUUUGGCUGAGAUCAUUGAGAUCAAGACACCACACUGCGUCAAUCAGACGCUAUCUGAGACCAUCUGAUUGAGUUUUACUCCACUAUUUCAGCAGAAGCGCCUCUAGUGGCUGUCUGUAUGGGGAUGGCGCGGCAUGGCACCAAGACCACUUAAUUGAGAUGAAGUGGUCUGGGUUCCUAUAAAAGGCCUUUAACUUUUCUUUAAUGAACAAUAUCAUGAUAAAAGCAAAUAGUUUUUAUGUUCUUGGUGCUGAUUAGAAGAACUAUCUGUAACAGGUUUGUUGUUCUGUACCAUGUCAUACUAAUUGGAUGUGCAAAAAUGCAGACUGCGAUCUAUAUUCCGCAGAAAUGUCAGUCUACAACUACCUGUAAACAGAGACCAGACAUUGCAUGACAUAAUUAUAAUGCUGGGGAUUUUUGUGCUGUGUACGAAUAUUAACCACAAUGGACAGGAAUUCAUUACCUGUGCUGUGUGAUUGAUGAUGUACUGAUUUUAUCUUAAAAUUCUUUCAUAGACAGCAAUAUAAGAUUUGAAGAUACAAAAACCAGGGAUGAGGUAUGCAUAUAGACCUCAACGGGUGUUGAUGAAAGAGAUAUUUUUACCUUUACCGAAUAUUUAUAAAUUUCAGUCAAAUAGGACGGUUUUAUGUUCCAAUUAUUGGGAUAUUCGUAUUCUGACCUAAUGGAUACUUUACCAGGGAAUGAGGGCAAAACAAAUGUUCUCCUUUCCACAUUCAUUCCUGCUAAUCUUUCCUGCCCAUCUUCUGGGACAGAGGUGGGCAGGAAAGAGAGGAGGCUGCACAUAGUGAUGCACCCCAUUUCUACCCCUAAGGAGGGUGCCCCGGCACUCAGUGUAUGGUCCGAGUGCCCUGUCUCUUCCAGCAGAUUUAACAAUGUGAGGCAGGCCCCCUGGGACCUACUUUUGCUGUGACAGUAGCCAUUAUACAUAAAUAACGCAAAUAGCUCUUCCUAGAGGGGAAAUUGUAUAGUAUCUACAAAUUCACUUCUCGUAUUCAACAAUAUGGAAUGGAGUCAUUCUAUUUGCAUUAUAUAUUUGAGGCCAAUAAAGCCAAACAUUUCAUAUUAUAUAAUAUAAUAAGGCUUAACUAUUUGGGCCUACAAUUUGCAAUUCACCUGCAAAUAUUCCACAGUUCCCAGUCUCGUGAGCGCAUCUAGGUCGAUACUGACGUGGCAGCAUCACUAUUAGUAAGUGGCACAUGUGCCCAAAACAUACCAAACCCAGAAACAUUGUAAUACUACUGUGGAUUCUUACACAAAGCUCCAGACUGCAUUCCAAACUUUAUUUUAAUGUACUGUUUCCAUCAAAAAAAUUGUUUACCUUUUGUUACAACUUUCCAAUGAUAUCUCUGCUAACAGAAUCCAACAGUACAUUUUAAUGUUCUUUCUAUAGCAAUGAAUCGGGACACAAAAAUGAAAGAAGAAUUUUUGAAAAUGUAACUUACUAAUGGUUAAGCUUUCAACCUAAUCAGGUUGCAGAGAACUGUGAAUGUUUAAUUUCCUUAUAACUGGAUUUAGAAAUUCCCAUUCCAGAUCUUCUAAAUCCACUGCCUAGUUGGUUUUAAAUUCUAGGGAUCCCAUAAAAUUUAGAGUCUAUAAAAAAACAAAAACGCAUGGUGACAAUGAGUACAGGACGCAGGCAUCAUGGCACUAAUGUAGGUUUAAAUCAUAUGCAUAAUUAAAGACAUAAUAUAACCGUACAAAACUGUCUGCAAUAAAAGUUAAAUAGCAAAACAUAAGCAAUCAUUUAGCCAGAAUAGUUGGCAGUAAGAAAGACAGUCAUUACAAAAAUGCUCAUUUAAAGAGAUAUGAAGAGUAAUAGCUAUGAUGGAGUAUGUGAAGAAGAUUCUUAUUAUAGUCACCAAAACAAGUUUAGCUAUAGGAAACCGUUUUGAUGUAUAGAUGACGUCACUGCUCAAUUCCUAAACACUUCCUGUAAAGAGUCAUCUAAUGUUUACACUCCAUUUAUUGAACAUUCUGUUUAAUUUAGAAUUUCUUAUUUCCUGCUCUGUUAAGAGCUUCCUAGACCUUGCAGGAACCUCUUUUAUGUAAUAAAAGUUCAACUUACAGAGCAGGAGAUAAAAACUUUUAAAGUAAGUUUAUAUCUGAUUGAAAAUGAAACAAUGUUGUCUUCAAGCAGGCUGUGCCAGUCACAGCCAGGUGACUGACACAGCCUGCAUGAAAACAAGAGGGCUAACUCCUAAAUGGCAGAUAAUUGAACAGUGAAACUUCAGAGGCAUGAUCUAUACACAGGGGCAGGGGCCAUUGUUAGUGGCCUCAGACCUUUAGAUGAACUGCUGCAAGGAACACUAUAGGGUCAGGAAUACAUAUGUAUUCCUGACCCUAUAGUGUUAAAUUCACCAUCUAGCCCCUUUGCCCCCUCUUGCCUCCCUAAAUAUAGUACAAUCUUUCUGUAUUUAAUUCUGCAGCUGCUAGCUCUGCCUCUGUCUGCUCCUGACCUGCUUGCUAUCUGCUGACAUCGUCAGAAGUGGUGGUCUGAGUCAAUCACAAUGCUUCCCUAUAGGAUUGGCUGAGACUGUCAAGGAGGCAGAUCAGGGGCAGAGCCAGCAUGAUUUAAACACAGCCCUGGCCAAUCAGCAUCUCAUCAUAGAGAUGAAUUGAAUCAAUGCAUCUCUAUGCGGAAAGUGUCUGGAUGCAGAGGGUGGAGACACUAAAUGGCAGUGCUGCUCACUGUGCAGCACUGCCCCAGGAAGCACCUCUAGUAGCCAUCUAAGGAGUGUCCAGUGAAGUAAUCACUAGGCUGUAAUGUAAACACUGCAUUUUCUCUGAAAAGACAGUGUUUACAGCCAAAAGCCUGUAGCGAAUGAUUAUAUUCACCAGAACAAAUUCAAUAAGCUGUAGUUGUUCUGGUGACUAUAGUGUCCCUUUAAAUGUUGCACAAUUAUAGUAAAAUAUGAAUACCUAAAAUAUAUUACUAGAGUAACGCACAAACAAUAAGCCUAUGGCAAUGUACGGCAGGAAGUCCAAUGAAAUCAUGGUUAGAUCAGAUCUCGGAUGAUUGAGGACACUUAGACCAUUGUGGAAAGUAUAAUUAAAAGGUAAACAAAGCAUGAAAGCAUUUAGCUUACCUAUAGCCAGAAUAAACUGAGAAGGAUGAUAUUGGUUGAGAAACGCUGGCAGAUCAGGAAAGAGACUCACAAAUACUGCAUACAGUCCCAUGACCAAGCCUGCCACUGAUAUGUCAUGAAUGUGCAAGGUCUACCUACUGAAUGCUGGUGGUGUAUCCUCCUCAGUAUUGUAUGCUGAAAAGUACAAGCAACUAGUGAUGGCUAAGGCCUUCAUGCAAUAAAGUAUGCCAAUCAUGAAAAAAAUAAAAAGCAACCUACCUUUCAAAAUGGGUCGCAAGAGAAUACGGAGGACGGGCAGCAGCUGAAAUAGCCUGCCCUUCGGUCGGUCCCCGCUCAGUUCUCAAGCUGAUUUUUGCUCAUCUUGUGCCAUUACAGAGAGAACAUAUCUGAAGCAUAUCAGACUGGUCCCACCCAUAUGGGCAGUCCAGAUCCGAAAUGCCAGCAAGUUCUCUCUGCACGAGAGAUACAGCAACCCCAGACGAUCGUUUCAGCCUUGUUAGGCAUCAUCAGUGAGGCAUAGCUGAUAUCUCCCUAGGCACCGUGAGCAAGGGGUCCACGUCUGGAUUAUCCCUUUAAACUUGUAGAGAGUCAAAAAUGGGUCGCAAGAGAAUACUGAGGACAGGCAGCAGCUGAAAUAGCCUGCCCUUCGGUCGGUCCCCGCUCAGUUCUCAAGCUGAUUUUUGCUCAUCUUGUGCCAUUACAGAGAGAACAUAUCUGAAGCAUAUCAGACUGGUCCCACCCAUAUGGGCAGUCCAGAUCCGAAAUGCCAGCAAGUUCUCUGCACGAGAGAUACAGCAACCCCAGACGAUCGUUUCAGCCUUGUUAGGCAUCAUCAGUGAGGCAUAGCUGAUAUCAUAUCAUAAUACUCUUGCGACCCAUUGUUUGCUCUCCAUUAGUCUAAAGGGUAAUCCAGACAUGGACCCCUUGCUCACGGUGCCUAGAGAGAUAUCGGCUAUGCCUCACUGACGAUGCCUAACAAGGCUGAAACGAUCGUCUGGGGUUGCUGUAUCUCUCGUGCAGAGAGAACUUGCUGGCAUUUCGGGUCUGGACUGCCCGUAUGGGUGGGACCAGUCUGAUAUGCUUUCAGAUAUGUUCUCUCUGUAAUGGCACAAGUUGAGCUAAAACCAGCAUGAGUUCUGAGCGGGGACCCACCGAAGGGCAGGCUAUUUUAGCUGCUGUCCGUUCUCAGAAUACUCUUGCGACCCAUUGUUUGCUUACCUUUCAAAAUGUACACAUCUGCUGCAAGUCAACAAGCUUUGUAGCAUCAGAAGUGAGCUCUCAUCAAACCAUGAUGCUAUUACUGUUGCGGUCUUAACUUUCUACAGCACUAUAAGCAGUCAUUUUACAGAACAGCAAGGGAUUCUGGGAGUCAUAGUUCAAUUGUCAGUAGAACUAUAGUUUCUGUAAUCCCUUACUGUUAUCUUACUAACAUGACAUGGCUUACUUCUUUAGCAUCAGCAGGUCUAUAAAGCUCUACUAUCAAUAAAUUAAGAGGCUAUACCGUCACACUAGGAUCUUGUAUUAUUAUUAUUUUAUAAUUUAUAUAGCACCAGCAAAUUCUGUAGCGGUGGACUAACCGACACUUAACUGUAACCAGACAAAUGGACACACAGAAAAUAGAGGGGUUGAGGGCCCUGCUCAAUGAGCUUACAUGCUAGAGGGAGUGGGUUAUAGUGACACAAAAGGUAUAAGUAGGGGUAAUGAAAUAGGUUGCUAGAAAAGUAUUCACUGGGAACUUAGUAGGUUAUUUUUGACAGUUGCAGAAGAGGAGGGGGGGAGGGAGGAGGGAUGAAUGAAAACCUGCUAACAGUUUAAAUUAUAUGCUCUCAUGAAGAAGUGUGUUUUCAAAGAUUGUUUUGAAGGAGUAGAGACUGAGUGGAAAGUCUAACAGAGAAGGGAAGGGAGUUCCACAGAAAAGGUGCAGCCCUGGAGAUUCCUGUUAUUGGUCAUUAUAGGGUUACUGCGACUGUCAUGACCGCUUUUGCUUUUAGAAGUGGUCAUGGUUUUAGAAUCUAUAUGUGUAGCGUUUCUGCUUACAACGCUAUACAUACAGAGAUAUAUGGACUUUUGUGCCAGGGGUUAUUUAUACAUCCGGCACACAGAACUUUGCGUAAUGUUAAUUCUGUGCAAAAAUUAACAUCUGUUGUCAGUGCGCUGGUGCCAGAUGUUAUCAGCUUCUACCUGUGCAGGCAGUGCUGGGAGUGUGCCUGCAAGAGGAGGCCUGGAUCUCCCCUCUAUCAUUUCAGCUCUCCCAUCCCCCCUAUAGUCCUUAAUGUAGAUCCUUUACUUCUAGUUUUCUCCCUCCCAAGCUCAGAGCAGGCAUGCACUCUGAGCCAGUGAGCAUUAUCCAAUCAAAGACUUCUCUAUGAGAAGUAUUUGGUUGGCCCACAGCAAGGGACGGAGUGAUGUCAGACAGGAAGAAGAGACCAGCGAGGGGAGCUUUGCCCGUCCAUGAAUUUCAGUUAUGGUAUUUAUUAUUUUCCUGGAUUUUUUAUUUUUAUUUUUUUUAAAUUAAGGGUGGAAGGUUUACAAAGUAAGUAAUAACUAUAAAUAAUAAUAAAAGGGUUGGAUUAACCCAUUAAUGUGUUGUGCGCAAAUAUGUAUGCGUUUGUGUAGAUAUAUUAUUAGACAUAAUUUGUCAUUGCAAUGUACAGAGCUGAAGAAAUUCUCGUGUUUUCCGAGAGUUAAUUUGGCUGCUAGUAAUCUGUCUGGAGAUCUCUACCGUAUUCUUAUUUUAUUUCUAAGCAUGUUAAUCAGGACCAGUUGGAAAAACAAAGAGAUGGUGAUAUACAAGUCGUAUUUCAUACAAGGUGACCAGGAUAUAGUCUACGAACUCGUUAAUGGCAAACAGUAGAAAAAAAUCAGACUCCUGCUGGGUUUGCUUUAUACUGAUUUAAGAAGUAAAAAUUAGUGGUACAUCUAGAGUGAAUGCCAUUCUGCUAGGAUGAUCCAGAUAUUUGGGUAUUUCCCAAAGAAAUGUAAUAUUUAGCAAUUAAUUCUGGGAUGUCAGGAUUAGCCUGGUGUGUGCGUGUAUGUAUACAUUGUUAUAUGUUUACAUACACUUUUUCUAUCCUUUUAACAGUGUUCUAGUCUGCCUGUAACUGUAUAUCACACGCAAAGAACCAAUUACUGAGAAGUUCAACUGAAAUAAAAGAGGAAACGUAGUGACUCAAAUGAGAGCCUUUAUCAAGGUUUUGCAUUAUUUUGAUAGGUAUAGCUGGUUACUCUGGAUUAUGUGGCAGUGUGUCAUUCCUAACUAGAGUCAUUCCUUGUGGUAUAAAGUUUUUUAAAGAGACACUACAGUUACCAAAACAACUUUACCUCAAUAAAGCAGUUUUGGUAUAUUGAUUAUGCCCCUGCAGUCUCACUGUUCAAUUAUCUGCCAUUUAGGAGUUAAAUCACUUUGUUUAUACGGCCCUAGCCACAACUGCAUGAGACUUACACAGCCUUCCUAAACACUUCCUGUAAAGAGUCAUCUAAUGUUUACACUUAAUUGCAAAUUCUGUUUAAUUUAGAAUUUAUCUCAUGCUCUGUUAAUAGACAGAACCUGCAGAAGCCUUCUGUACGUAAUUAAAAUUAAAUUUACAGAGCAGGAGAUAAAAACAUUUAAAGUAGGUUACAUCUGAUUGAAAAUGAAACCAGUUUUUUUUUUUUCAUGCAGGCAGUGUCAAUCACAGCCAUUUAACGCCUAAAUGUGAGAGAAUUGAGCAGUGAUACUGCAGGGGCAUGAUCUAUACAGCAAAACAGCCAUGUUAAGUUAAAGUUGUUUUGGUGACUAUAGUGUCAUUUUAACUGUAGCCCAGAUAUCCUAGAUUCAAUCAUCCUUCUUCACUGGACUACACAACCCUUAUAGGUAUGUACACGGGUUGUGUAAGGCUCACCUGGUCUGCCUCUCCUCCAUUUAGUCCCUUGACUGCAAGUUUGUGCCAGUUUAGAUUUGUUUUUUCUCUAUGGGAAGAUAAAAAUCAUAACAAUCUACUGUAUUUUUGUAUAGACCAGCAUAUCACUACACAAAAUGUGUGUGUUGAUUUUUUGAAUUAAUUUUUUUAAAGUUUGCAUUUUUUUCCAAGUAAGUUCUGCUCACGAAUAACAGGACAAAAAGUAUUGUAGAUAACACCAACAACAACAAAAAAAAAUCAUACUUUUCAAUUUAUAUGAAAAAUGAACUACCAAGUUUUGCGAUGUUCUUGAGACAAGUUAAGCUGCUGCGGACUGUAGUGCAGGCUAAGGUGACAAAUGGAAUAAUAUUGGUUUUAUCCGACAUCUAAUAAGACUCGAAUACAGUUUUUAUCCUCUGUCACUCAAACAUCGUAUUAUACUAGCAUUGACGGUUUGCUAGCUUUGCUACAAAUUAUAAACAAAAAACCCCCAACAUUUUAGAAAAACAUCUUGGCAUAUGUUCUCUAUUCAAUUCUCUUGUGAAAUCCUUAUCUGUUCAGUGUUGGUUUGUGCAUUGAUUUAUAGGACAGGAAGCCUUUAAUGUCAUUAAUAAGGCAUGUAGACUUUUUUUUCCAAACUAAUUUACAAGUUUCAAACCACAGGCAUUUUUUGUCUGGGCUGGUCGAGGGAAUUACAAUCUGAUUUUGUAAGGGAGCAGUUUACCCUGCCUUGUAAUAGAUAUAUUUACUAAUGUUCAAUAUCAAAUCCUAACAGGCUUAAAUUCUUACAUGACAAUGAAACCCUAGCAAAAAGAGCACUUGAAUUGGGAAAGUAGUAAGGUGUGAUAAGUCGGAAGAUAUUCAUUCUAAGAGUCAUUAGCAAUUAAUGGUGCUCUCAGUAGUAUGCUUGGCAAAUACUCUUCCAUUAUCUGACGUUCUUAAAAGACUUGAGCUAUGUAAGACAGUCAGUAGUUUAUUGUUCACCUGAAAACAAAACUUCUUGAUCGACCCUUUUGGAAGACUAUACAUAGUUAUAUUUGUUGGGUAACUGAUCUGACUCUAUAAUAAAUGCAUAAUUAAUCUCACAUUUUUACUGAGAAAUCCGAGUAAAGAAUAGCCCAGUGCCACUCCGGAGCACCGUGGAGUGGAUCCGUAGUCCCUUGUAAUAACUUCAAAUCAAUAGUCCAAAUUCAUCACGGUGUAAUGCAAUAACAGUGAGAUUUUAUUAGGAUCAGAAGAAUAUGAUUUUAAUCUUCUGACCCGAAUAAAUCUCACCUUUUAUUGCAUUACACAUUUUAACGUUCAGGUACUUUAGAAAACGAGAUUUAGACCAUAAAGUCGCUUUCACUUUUAUUUAUACUCCAGGAAUGAUUACAAACCUGUAGAGGAACACAUUUCUCUGACAGGAAUCAAAUUCCACUUAUUUAAUAUAUACAAAUAAUAUUGUAAAGCGCUAUAGAAUCUGUUGGCGCUAUAUAAAUGAUGAUGAUAAUAAUAAAAUGUGCUGAAAAUUUGAUCUUCCCCUCCUUCCAAACAAUAAAGGAGGUUUCAAUAAGUCAUAACAUUCUUACAGUUUGGUGGGGGGGGGAGGGGAGUGAAUUAGCGCUCCCAUUUCACAGUCAGCAUUGCAUGCACAUUUCAGGGAUUAAUACAGAACUAUAUGAAUUUAACAGUAUUUAAUAUGUGGACAUUAUGCUCAAAUGCAGACAUUCUAUUUACAUUUUGUUACUAUUUUCAAUAAGCUGCAAUACUAGUAAUGCUAUACAAUAAUUGUUUAUGGCCGGAGAGAAGAGACUCUGGUUUGGAAAGUACUAGCAGCCAUAUCUAUACCAGACAAGCGCUAAGAAUCUCACCGUAUUUAUCUAUUUGUAAUGCUAGUAAUGCCAUCAGCGUAUUUCCAAAUACCUAUAAACAGACUAUUUGACCAUAUUUAUCAAACCUCCUGUAUGUGACAAACUAUAUUUUUGCAUUUCAAAUGCUCCAUAAAAUAUUAUAUUAUUGAGGGAUUCAGUAUACAGUCUAAAGCUUUUCAGCUUAUAUAAAAGUUUUAAAUAAAAGACAUGCAAAAAGAAUUACAUAAUGUGACACCCUCAUCCUAUGUAGCUGGGACAGAUGAGCAGUGUGGAUGGGCACCAGUUAGGGAACGCAGAUUUGUUAGAUAGAUUUAGCUUUGCAAUCAUGUUUCAUAGCUUCCCAUAUAAACCUUGUCAUUAUCUGAUGUUUAUGUGGCUGUUAGUAAGGCUCUACCAACCAUUUAAACAAGGCCUGGUUCACAUAGGAGCUCCAGCUCCAGCUCCACGGCCAUGCCUAUGGAAUAGUCCCUUUGAAAUGUUUAUUUUUUAGUAUGGUAACUUAAGAGGGACGUAGGGGAAAAAAGCUGACUUUGCACACUAUGCACAUGAUCUUACUGCUUCACUCGCUCUAACACUGUGGCAUGUUCCCUUUCUUCUACGCUCACUACCUACACCUUUACUCUGUCCCAGACUGUAAAAGAGUAGCUUCUGCCUGAUAGUGAGAAGGUUAGGAGAGGAGUGGGCCAGCGAGUGCUAGGGCACAGUCCUUAGAAAGUGUAGAGCUAGCACAUCAUUAGAAGCAUUUAUUCCAAGCUCAGGGUGCUGUCUGUAUAGUAUGCCCUUGGUUGGUCAUCCUGCAUGAAUGGCAGGCAAGCUGACCAUCUAAUUCUAUGUACAGACACACACCCUUUUUGGGCAUGUUUGUUCCUUUGAGCGGUUCUGGUUACGUGAUUCACAUCAGUGGCCCACCCUUUUACCCCGCGCACUGAAAUCCUGUAUCACCAGACACUGCUGUUAAGGGUAUGGAUUUACUUGAAAGAUGAAAGUGAGAGAUUAGGCAUAGGUUAUGUGUUUUCUGAUAGCUAUAUUCUGUGAGUUUUCCUCCAGCACCACCUCCCCCAGAUACAGGAUGCUUGGGAGGUAUGACUCUUUUAGUGUAUUCGGUUGAUAAGACUCUGUAAUUAUGUCCAUCAUAAUUGUCAGCACCAGGCCCAAUGGGCUCUUAAUCUGGUCCUGCAUUUAAGGUGUCUUUUUGAGGUACAUUUUAAUAAUGAAAACAUUUUUUAAAAAUGGGGAGAAAUUCAGGAUUAUUUGCUAAUGAAUGAAUUUAAUCGGGACCAGUGGGAUUUAGUUAAAAUAACAGAGAUGUGCUCAUUAGGUUGAAAUAAUCAAAUUUCAACCUGAUUGCACAUUCAUUCAGUACCAUUCAGUGUCUGCUAUAAAAUAUGUAAUUCUUGAUCACAAAUCCCAUAUAAAAUAUAAGAAUAUUUGCCUUGUAUAUUUUGUAAAAGGCAAACUCACAAAUCAAAUUCACCUGCUUUUUAUAGUUGAACCCACAUACCUUCACUUUUAAUAUAUUAAAAGAAAGAUAAUAAUACUAAUGAAAUUCCUCAUUUUUAUAAAAUAAAAUCAUAUUCCUAUUUUUCGAUCCUAAACUUUCAUGUUUUAAUUUUUGGUGUAUAAUAUCUCUCUCUACAGAAUGAACAUUUUCUUCCUCAAUAAUCAAAAUGAUACAACUGACCAUUUUUUUUGCAGUGUACUAACUUGUAUUAGAUUUGGCCAAAAUCUGCCUGCAAAUUUGGUUCAACUGAAUUUGCAGACAAAAAGUGACUAAUUCUGAUUAUAUUAUUAAAAAAGAAAAGCGUUCGGUUGUAUAUGUCUAUCAUUAUGCUCUGGAUUUCAGUGUUUUUGUUGCAUUGAGACCAGGGCUGUUUUUAAUAUUGAUUAGACCCUGGGCAAGCAUUUGCUUGGGCCCCCUGGACCCAGACAUCUUAAAGAGGUUACUGUGAAUGAGACAAAGUUGGGCAGUGAGUGUGACAGGUUUGGGGGCAUUAAAUUGACACAGUGGUGUGGUAUGGUUGCGGGGUGAGUGUUACAGGGUUGGGGUGAAUGUGGCAUGGUUAGAGGAGGAAGUGUGACAUGAUUAGGGAUUGAUUCAUGUGACAGGGUGUGUACAGUAUGAUUGGGGGAAUGAGUGUGACAGAGUUGGAGGGGUUAAUGUGAUUUGGUGAGUGUGGCAGGGUGAAAGGGGGUGAGUGUGACAGAGUGAUGGAGGAUGAGAGUGAAAGCAUGGAAGGGUAUUUGUGACAGUGCGAGAGAAGAUGAGUGUGACAGGAUUAGGUGGAUUAAUGUGAUAGGGUGAGUGUGGCAGAGUGAGAGAGGGUGAGUGUGACAGCAUUAGGGGAGUUAAAGGAUCACUAUAGUGUCAGGAAAACAAAGCGGUUUUCCUGACACUAUAGUGCCCUGAGGGUGCCCCAGAAGACAGCCACUAGAGGCUGGAUUAACCCCAAAUGUCUCUGAAACUGCUAUGUUUGCAUCUGAAGGGUUAAAACCUGAGGGACCUGGCACCCAAACCACUUCAUUGAACUGACGUGGUCUGGGUGACUAUAGUGUCCACUUAAUGUGAGUUUUAUUGGAUGAAAGGCAUUGUGUGGAGGGCGACAUGAGUGUAUGUGUGCAGUGUUGAACAUGCAGGGGUGUAUGUAUUGCCACACACAGAUACACCCUUACACACACAGGUGCAGGGGUGUAUUUGUGUGCAGUGUUGGCAUUGAAAUACUGGGCUGUAUGCACUGCCACAUGCACAGGUAUGCACACACACACAGAUACACAGGAGCAAAAAAACACUGACAAAUAGAUACACAUGCAAAAGCAAACAUACUGAUGCACAGGUACACACAUACAGGUAUAUAAACACACAUGUACACAUACAUACACAGAUACAAAUACAUACACACUGACACACAAGUACAUACAAACACGGACACAUAGGUACAUACAAACACAGGUACACAUAUACUCUGACACACAGGUAAACAUACACUGACAUACAGAUACACAUUCACUGACAUACAGAUACACAUACACUGACACACAGAUACACAUACACAGAUACACAUACACAGACACAUAAACAUGUGUAAACAUGUACUCUGACACACAAUUACACACAAACACACAUACACUCUGACACACAAUUACAUACAAACACACAUACACUCUGACACACAGGUACAGAUGCACUAUGACACACAGAUACAUACAAACACAGACACUGUGACACACAAACACACAUACACUAUAACACACAGAUACACAUACACUCUGACACACAAACACACAUACACUCUGGCACAUGGGUACACAAACACACAGGUACACAUACACACACAGAUAUGCACAAUCUCACAUACACAAGUACAUAUAUAAAUAAUAAUGUAUGUUUUCUUACUUUUGCUGCAGUGCACUGGGGUCCAGUGGGAGCUGGCUGACCUAAGGUGAUGGGUGUCAGCCUUCUUUAGAAUACCUCUUGUGUCUGCCACCUCCUCCUCCCCACGGGGCUCUCUAUUAGCUGGCCGGGAGGAAGUGACCUGUACUCACUCCUCCCAGAAGGCAAUACGAUCCCAGCCAUGAUCCGCAAGGGAGAGGGGCCCAGCCGCGGGGAAACACAUUGUUAGGGGCCCAGCCACGGCCCUCAUGAUUUAAGGGCCCACAGGAAAUAUGGGAGUCUGGCCGUGGUCUGUCUGGGAAGAGGCCCGGUCCGGUGAAAAAUUAAAGGGCCCGCGGGGCUCAAGGGGCAGAUGCUUUGGGCCCCCAGGAAUAAAUGGGCCCGGGGCAGCUGCCCCUUUUGCCCCGCGAUAAAGACGGCCCUGAUUGAGACAAGCUAAUAUCCAGACUACAUUUAUGUUAAUCCAGAGUCUGUUAUUCAAAAUAUGGACAUGGGUAAAUAUUCUGUCCACAUAUUGUGUCCAAAUGCUCCGAUAAUAUUUUUAAUUCUGUGGACUGAAGCAUUUGGUAUCUAGUGAAUAAAACCGAUUUUUAUUUUUUUAAUAGGCUACAUUAUUUGCAUACUUCCAUAAGUAAAUUUAUAAAUCCUUGGAGUGUACAUAUUUAUACAGGUUAGAGAAAUAAUAUAGUUUGAUAUCAACAUUCACCCAUCAUAAGCCAGUGGGCAUAACAUAUUACCCCAUACAGGUGCAGUUCUAUAUAACAUUAUUAGGCUGAACUGCCUUGUGGUGGAUUGAGGGGUCUUAUUUUUUUCGAUUUUGUUUUACCAGGAAGAAUAUUUUGAGAUUUCCCUAAUUUUCACAUAUAUUCUGGAGCUCACAAACAAUGUAAUAAUGUUAGAGGUUUGUGGAUGUGGCACAUACAAAACAAAUCUUGUUGUAUAAAUUGCUUAGGCGCUAGGAAACACUAUGAUUAUAAAAGCCAAAUUAAUAUAUUGUGUUAUUCUUUAGUUUCUUGAUAAAAUACACAUAUGACAGUAAUAAAUAGAAAACAACAACAAUUAAAUAAACACAAGAACUAAACUAGCUAGCUUCUAGAUUUGAAUUUCUAUGGUAGAACAUUGUCUGAAAAGGAAGGAAUAGCUGGCUUGUUCUCUAUAGAUCUCAGGUCAAGAAAAACCUUUCCUCGUUGGUCAAAUAAAAUAAGAGAGACUUUAAUCUUACCUACAAACAGCUCCCUUUAUCUUCCUGAAACAGGAGAACUCUUCAGUUGUCUUGUUUUCAAAUGUACUUUAGCUGCCACUGAAUGAAGAUCCUGAUGCUCACUUAAUGUCCUCCCCUGUAUCUCGAACCAUCUAAAUUGAUGUCUAAAUAAACACAAUGAAAUGAUCUCUGAGCUCAAGUUUAAAGGAUCUUUUGUGUGAAAUCUUAAGGUCAUAGUGACUUUGCCAACACUUCUAUUGUUUGUCGAUUUAACAGGAUGGCGAUUUCGGCCUAUACUCAGUAGGGUGUGAAUCUGCUUCUUCAAACAGAUAAGAACUUAACACUCACAUGAAAGACAGCAAACUUUUAGCCAUUAUCCUGCUACUUGACUAAGCACCUUCUUCUAACAUAUACUUUGAGGAUUAUUUGUCCUAACAGGAAUUGAAUAUAUUUGAAGAUUUUAGGCAACAAUAGUACAACUGUGUAAAUUCUCUAACUAAAUGUUUCCAAACCUGCCAUUUUUCCUUAAUAUUUUGAAUUUCGGAGAACUGACAAGAGUUGCAGUGUAAAGGGGCACUCUCUACGUACUACGACCCUUACAGCUGGAAGUAUCAACACACACUUUUUUUUGGUUAAAUUGUUUGGGAGCAGUUUCAAGCACCCAAGAAAGUUCCUCCCUGACCCAAGUUAAUAAUGUAGAACUUACAUUUCCACAUUGCCAAUCUGAACUUGGUCUAACUUGGACCCCUAACACACCUUCAGAACUGUCAGACAAUCAUCUAUAUCCAGGUUACAAAGAAUGCAUAUUGGUAAUUUACUUUCUUAUAUCACAAUACAUUUUGGUAUGUGAGAAGAUACGUGUACCAACCAUCCAAUGGAGAAUGGACAUCUAUCCAAAUUACGGUUCUCUUUGGCCACUCAUACCACUCACUCUAACUAUUGUUCAUCUACAGCACUUAACGUAUAGCAUUUAUGAUUGUAUACAUGGCCGUCCUGGCUUUAAGAUGUAAUAUUAUCUUUCUUCUUUUUAGGCAGCUAGCGGUUUACCAACCGUUGGUAGUUUUGUGGCAGCAUCAGGCAUGACUCCAUACCCCACUCCGGCACCCGUCUCACCUUACAUGACAUACGGCACAGCAGCACCCACAGGAUAUGUGACGGGACAUGGAUGGCAACACACUGCGGGUACGCCACUAUCGCCGCAUAACUGCGACCUCACUGCAUCACUGGCAUUCAAAGGCAUGCAGACCGCACGAGAAGGUAACUAUCAACUGACAGCCAAGAAAAGAACAGCAUUGUGCAGUGCCAAAGAAAUGACACAGGUGACAAGGUAAAGAUUUUAUCGGAAUGUAAUAAAUGGUUCAGGACACCUGAAUUCCAUAUUGUGAUUCUUUACCUUGAUAAAGACCUAGACAAGAUGGAACCCUUGUUCCCAGUAAAAAUUUAUCCAUGGUGCAACCAGAAGGGAAGGGGCAAGGGGUGACAGACCCCGGGUCAGAAGUCAAACUACUAGAAAAUGGUUAGACUAUUUACAUUGGAAGUGGCAAUCCAACCGCAUCAGCAUGCUAUAAUGGUUACGGUGCUCGGAGUUUUCAUUUAACCAGGGAGAACACACAAAUGUAUUGUAUGUUCUGAAACCUGUCAUUCUAGCCAGUGCAACUGUGUUUUCUGUGUUAAUGGCCAAGUUUCAAGAGCAAUGUUAAAAAAUAAUGCUUACUUAAUGGAUUCCCAUUUCAUGAUUUAACAUGACUGUCUUUUCUUUGCAUUAACAGCAGAAGAUACGAAAGCGGCCAUCCAAACACGCAAGUCUCCGCAGUCUUAUCACACAGCCCCAAGGCACGGGACAGUUGCUCAUAUGCAAAGCGCAUAAAAAUAAGUGACGCGACCAGCACAAAUCCACUGCAAUAUUUCUCCUGAAACAUUCAGAAGUGCAUCAUUCAUUGUGUUUUACAAACGGCUGGAGACCAAAAAUGGAUUACAACAGAUAAACUGACCUCCACAAACAUACGUCCAAGUAUCUCCUUCACACAAAUUAAAGGUCAACAUGGCGGGUACUUUUGGAUAGCACCUCUGUGAAAGACCUUUCUGUAACAUGAUGGAACCACAUUGCCGUAUGUUUAAACAUUGCUAGCCAUGCAAGUGAAAUCAAAACUCUUUUCAUUUUAUGCCCAGAAUCGAUAGAGACGAUGCAGUUUGGACAUGUAAAAAGCAGGAAAACUAAAACAAUGAAAACGUAUGUCAUUAAAACCUAAUCUAAAUGUGAAGAGGAAAUGAAGGGACAUUGGACAUAUACCUCAUGUUGUGUAUAGCUGUUUAUUUUAUUUUUUUUAACAGCUCAAAAUGGGGUCACUGGGUUUUAAACCUAAAUUAUACAUUGGACAUCAAGGCCACUCAAAGCAGCCAAACCAGAUGAGAUCUGAAGGACUUUGUCAAACAAUAUACUUCUCUAUUACCCCCUUCUUACUGUUACAUAGCAGGUCUGCACAGAUCGUGACCAGGGUAAAUAUGGGAAAUGGCAUAUCCAACGCAAAAGGAAAUGUGAAAAAAAUGUUUUGUUUGUAAUGUCCUUUAUAUUUGUUUAACUUUUAAGUAUUGUGUCCCAAUUUGACUAUAAUAAAUGGGGUGGGUUAAUAAUUGUAGAAUAUUGUAGAGGUCCAUGGUUCUGAGUGUAGAUUAUUGCAAAGAAAUUUAAAAAAAAAUCCUUAAGACUGAAAUUGAGCAGUCUUUUAAAAAUUAAGUUCAGCUAAAAGUUCUUUGUUAUUUGUUUUAGUUUUUUUUCUUUUUCUUUUUAAUUCCAUGGAUGUUUAAUAUUUUGCUCAUUAGACAGCCAAGCAAUGCACUUGUCUUACAGAUCAGUUGGACCUGGUGUGGUUUGUAAAUUUCACAUAACUUAAUUGUUUAAUCAAUGAUGGCCUAAUCCAUUGUUUAUCGACAGAUGGUUAAUCUGAAGCACUUAAACGGCAUGAAACUGUAAUUGCAGUACUAUAAAAAUCUGGUCCAAAUAGGGAAUAUUGUAAAGUUCUGUAGAAUGAUAACACAUCCACUAAGUCUUUAAAUUCUGUCACUUUCAUAUUACAGGCAAUACAUGUCUAAACAUGACCUUAGGCAUGAAGGGACUCUGUAAUUUUCUGGUAGGCUGUAGGUAGGUUUAAUCAUGCAGUGAAAAGCCUAUCUAGGUUGAAGUUUAUGCAGGUUCCCCUUGUGAUGUAUAUGUCCCUUACUCUGGAGUUCUAAUAAAGUGGAAGGACCUAUCCCUGUAUGAUACCUGUCUCUUAUUUGUUACAGAAGAUACAGAAAAUAUUACAACUCUACAUGGCUAAAGCACAGUCAUAUUUUUUUCUCGAUUGCCUAGUCGUAAGUGUAUCCGUCAUGCAAACAUGAUAACAGAC